AUGCGUCCUCCCCUUCCUCCUGCAUGGCUGCCACCUCGCAAUGCUCCCCAUCGCCUAUAUUUGAUGACGCCUCCGGUGCAGGACCGACUACCGAGCAAGGUUUCCAUACGUACCAUGGCUGCCCGGCUCGUCGUCCUCCUAGCGCUCGUCCACGCCGGCGUGUCCGCCGAAGACGUCAUCCGGCAGGUGACGGACGGCGGCCACGGCGCUGGACGCCCCGGUCUGCUCCCGGAGGCGCAGUUCGCGGCGUUCGUGCGGCGACACGGCAAGCAGUACUCGGGCCCCGAGGAGUACGCGCGCCGGCUGCGCGUGUUCGCGGCCAACGUGGCCCGCGCAGCCGCCCACCAGGCGCUCGACCCGGGCGCGCGCCACGGCGUCACGCCCUUCUCCGACCUCACCCGGGAGGAGUUCGAGGCGCGCCACACCGGCCUCGCCGGCGCCGGCGACGUCCUGCGCAGCGUGCGGGGGAUGCCCGCCGCGGCGCCGGCCACGGAGGAGGAGGUCGCCGCGCUGCCCGCCAGCUUCGACUGGCGCGACAAGGGCGCCGUCACCGAUGUGAAGAUGCAGGGCGUGUGCGGCUCGUGCUGGGCGUUCAGCACAACCGGCGUCGUGGAGGGCGCCAACUUCGUCGCCACGGGGAAGCUCCUCAACCUCAGCGAGCAGCAGCUGGUCGACUGCGACCACACGUGCGACGCGGUGGCGAAGACCGAGUGCAACAGCGGCUGCUCCGGCGGACUGAUGACGAACGCUUACAAGUACCUGAUGAGCUCCGGCGGGCUGAUGGAGCAGGCGGUGUACCCCUACACGGGAGCGCAGGGGACGUGCCGGUUCGACAGGAGCAAGGUGGCAGUCCGCGUGGCCAACUUCACCGCCGUGCCGCUCGACGAGGACCAGAUGCGGGCGGCGCUCGUCCGCGGCGGGCCCCUGGCGGUGGGCCUGAACGCGGCGUUCAUGCAGACGUACGUCGGCGGCGUGUCCUGCCCGCUCAUCUGCCCGCGGGCGCUGGUGAACCACGGCGUGCUCCUCGUCGGCUACGGCGCGCGCGGCUUCUCGGCGCUGCGGCUCGGGUACCGGCCCUACUGGCUCAUCAAGAACUCGUGGGGGCAGCAGUGGGGGGAGGGCGGGUACUACAAGCUCUGCCGCGGCCGCAACGUCUGCGGCGUCGACAGCAUGGUCUCCGCCGUCGCCGUCGCCCCGUGA